AUGUCUGAAGCUGUACAUAAACUCGACGUGUCGCUCCCAGACUCGUCAGCCCCAGCCGACUCCAAGAUUGACCACGCGGCAUCCAUCCGAUACUGGAGCAGCCUUCCAAGUACCUCAAGCAACAUGCUUGGCAUGCUAGGUCAAUAUCCCUGGUAUUCUCGCAUCGAGCUACAAGGAUCCAAAAAUUUCCUGAGCAAAGUCCGUCGGCUCCUGCCUGCAGUUCCAGCGGGUGGCCAAUUCCACCAGGGCGUGGACUGUGGUGCUGGCGUCGGACGUGUGACGGAGGGUUUUCUCCGUCAUGUCUGCACCGUGGUUGAUGCGGUCGAGCCCGUGGCCAAGUUCACUCAGGUGCUUCAAGAAUCCCAACUCAAGAAAGACGGUGUGGUGGGUGACAUUUACACCGUUGGACUUGAGGAUUGGUAUCCCGGGAAACAAUACGAUCUGAUUUGGACCCAGUGGUGUGUGGGUCAUCUCACGGAUGCGCAGUUAAUUCAGUAUGUCUCGCGAUGUCGGGAUGCGCUGACGGAGACGGGGAUUAUGGUGGUAAAGGAGAAUCUUUCUACCGCGCCCAAUGGUCUGGAUAUGUAUGAUGAGGAGGAUUCUAGCGUCACCAGAACGGACGCCAAAUUCAAGCUUGUUUUCGAACAGGCUGGGAUGAAUGUGAUCAAGUCGGAGAUUCAGACCGGGUUUCCCAAGAACUUCAAGCUUCUGCCUGUCAAGUCAUAUGCCUUGCGACCAAAGGUCUGA